AUGGAGUCUAUUGCAAACCCCACCCUCGCAAAACGACCCCUAAGUAAUGGAACGACGAUCCCCUUUGCAGCUGUAGAUGACUAUUAUUUAAACUUUACCAAUCCUGGCAGAGAUGGUGUUGUCAUUGGUGCAGAACAUUCUUUUAGACUAGCCACUGCAACAAAUCAGUAUGCUCCUAAAUACAUUCCACUUAAUGAUGAACAUAAGCAUUUAGCUGGUGAAAUUGCUGAUGGUUUCUUUGAACAAUUUCGUCUCUCUUUCAAAACACAAAAAUAA